AUUUCGGACAAGACGCGGCUCUAGUGAUGUUAAGUCGGAGGUCGGUGGCUCUGGGUUCCGGCGGCUGAAGGCGAUUUUGAGGUCGUCGGUCGGAAGCCCCUGAGGUGCGACGUCUGUCAGAUUGGGCCGGAAGACUCGGCCGGGCCGUCAGCUUCAAACAAACGUCAAGUAUUGGAGCCGGUAGCUUCGGAUAUAAAAGCUAAUGUCUCAUCUCACUUACUUAUAUAGUUAGAGCUGUUUCUCCCUCUCAGCCCUUACAAUGCCGUGCACAUUUUGGCUCAUGCUUAUUGAAGGAUUGAGGGGAAAAGCCAAAGUCGUACGCCAUGUACGACUUUAUCCCGCCAGGCGUCGUCAUAUCGUACCUGGCUAAGUUAUAACAGACCGAAACCGAUGAAACCAUGCUCGCUUGGGUCUGUUGACGGAGCCAGGCUGACUCGAGCAACAGGCAAUAGUCUACUGUCUACGGAGUAAGUCCCGAUAAUCGGUGCCGCGCAAGCAAAUUACCACGAGCCCAUAGAAGAGACGGAUAAUCUCACGUACUCGUAAUAGGCAGCAGAGUUUCAGGGGCUUGUUCUCACUGACGCUUAUCGCGAACUGAUUUUGGUGUGCUAAUAACAGUAGAACAGAAUAGGCAAGCUUUCUCAAAAUGUCUAGAUAGUCUUUCUGUUCUUCCGCCAAGCGCGUGAUGGUAGGUCGCUUGUACUUGUUAGUCGGCGCUGUAACUGUAAUGCAUAUCACACAUCACAUCGCAUCACGUCACGCGCCAUCCGCAAGCGUCGAUUGAGAAUUGAUGUUUGAGUCUGAGGCGACAAGAUAAAGAAGAGUUGGUGAUGUAUACAGAUGAAAUCAACCAGAUGAAAGCAUUGUUAUUUCAAACAAUUGUAUUAUUAUACUUUGGUGUUAGAAGUGUUAGAAGUGGGCUGUGCUUAUGAUUCUUAAGACUUUGGCAGCCCAAGUAACUCUCAGCUGGGCAGACAGAAUGUGCGAGUUUGUUUAAAUGCUCCCUAUCCCACCUCUUACGUCAAUUUCUCUUCUACCCCUUCUAUUGUUCUUUUGAGCUUACACCAAGCUCCUCUCUUUGUAUCCCACAGUCACUCUUACUCGUUGUUUGAGUCGCUAUUGUAUCUGUGAUUGACCUACGUACGACGUGCUCGACUAUCUCUGUCGCUUUUUAAGAGAGGAUGCCUCAUCCUCUGGUAGCUACAGGUAUGUAAAUCAAUCAAUUCACAGCGCCACACUCCAUUCCCUCUCAUGAUUUAUCCACCAAUUUCGCUUCUAUUGAUUAUCUUCUCUGUAUUCAUCAUCUUUUUACUGCUCAUUCAGGCCAAGCCCACGGAUGUUGAUUACCCCGCGUCCAAGCUUGCGAAUCAUAGUGCACGUCUCGCCUGUGUCUGCCUGAGCUGAGGCCAAAAAGAGUGUCGCCUGAGCCACAGCCAAUUCGAGGUCGAGUCCCGAGGCUGCCUGUGGCGAAUACAGACGCCAGAAGCAGCACGAGGCCUACGCAAGCUCAAACUUCCUCUUGAUUUGCCUCCAGCUUCCUCCAAUUUAUUCGUUGUUUCUGCCUUUUUUACUUUGUUCUUCGAGUUUCUGGAAAGCUCUGUCUUUGCAUUUGUUUUCUGUGUGUCUCGCGAAAAGGAGAGAGAUUUGUUGUCUUCUUUCUGUUUGCUCGCUUGACAGCUCUCACUCCACUCCACUUGGCAUCCAUAUCACAUCACGCCCAUUCACACCUCUCUUUUCCCUUUUCCCUCCUCCAUCUGCAGUCUCUCUGCAGACCUGAGAAGCAAUGCCUAACCAUAUUGUCCUGGCAUCAGGUGCCGUAGUCGCUGUUUCGGUCGCUAUCGCCACCACUAUUGCCAUCUUCGAGUCGCCUGAAGUGCGACGAUACGCCGACGAUGUUCGAAGGCGGAUAGCUUUCGCCCUCCACUCUAUGGGUGAGGGUAUCGAACCUCCCCACCGUGAGCCCAGGUUUAAUAGACCUGAGGAUGCCGAUGGAUUUUUCGAGUCCCGUCGUGGCGCUGGUGCCGAAGCUGGUGUUGACGCUGAUGAGGAAACUCGCCGGCGACAACGUGAGGAACUUCUUUAUUGGAACUCUGUCAUGCUAGAGAAGCAAGAGAAGGAACAAAAGGACAAGGAAAUCGAUGAGAAAAACCUGGACUCAUCACGACGAGGCUCUCAUUCAUUUGAUGACUUCCUUCGUCAGGAUGAGGGUGCUGAGCGAGGCGCUUAUGUCUUUAACACUGGAACUGAUACCCGCGCAAUGGAUGAUGGUCUACGACGUCGUGGCGAUGGUGCCCGCGGCUUCUCAUCUCUCUACACUAACCCCUUUGCCGAUGAACACAACAUUGACCAAGACGAACUGAACGACGAUAUUGAGCAAAGCCGCCACCUUUCUCCCGCCCAAGACGAAAUCUCCGACAUCUACAGCGCCACUACCCAGGACCGAGAUGAGAAGCCCGCCGCUGCUCUUAUUGACACUGACCCCACCCCCGCCCUUUCUGAGAGAGCCUCUUCCGCCACACUUGAGCGUGAAAUCGGUGUCGACGAGUACAUGACCGCUGGACAAGAGGACCGCGACGAUGCUUAUUCCUCCAUCCAGGCCUGGGCGCAAAACACCAGCCCCGAGUUUUACUCUCCUCUUCCCGUUACCCCCAGCGCUCCCAUGUCUGAGCCUGAAAUCAUCAGCGAUGAUGGCAUGGUGACACCCACCGACUCUGUGUCUCUUGUCGGUUCCGGGGAGGAUAUUGCCAACGAUGCGCAAUCGUCUCGCGAGGGUGAGACUGGCCGCUACUUCGAUGUCAUGAGCGAGAGCUCUGGCAUGGCUACACCCGCUAGCUGGUCUGAGGUCGGCAGCGUCAUCAGCGAGAGCGACGCCCACAUUCCUGUCCACCAAUAAACUCUGUCAUGUAGGAGUUUUAAAAUCAUCAAGUCGGAAUAUAGGUAGGGAAGCCAGUGUAGGAGUAGGAUUUUACUUUGAGAGUUAUAUAACAGACGUAUACAGACUUUGAGGGUCUGAAUUCUUGGGUUUUCUUUUUUGUAUGGAGUUGGAGUUCAGGUUGCGGUAGCAAACUUAUAUCCUUAGCACCUGGCUAAUCUCGUUUCUUUAACAAAAUCUAUCGACUCAUUUGACUCUG